AUGCCGUUUGGUCUGAAAAAUGCGGGGGCGACGUACCAGAGGCUGAUGAACAAAAUAUUCAGCGAUCUUAUCGGCAAGACGGUGGAAGUCUACGUGGACGAUAUCCUUGCAAAAACCGCCCGACCCGACGACCUCAUAAGCGACCUAGAGAAUGUGUUCGCAUCCUUCCGACAACACGACAUGAGGCUUAACCCGCUUAAGUGCGCCUUUGCCAUGGAGGCCGGGAAGUUCCUGAGGUUCAUGAUAACCCAAAUGGGAGUGGAAGCCAACCCCGAAAAGUGCCAAGCGAUACUCCAUAUGAGGAGUCCAGGUUGCAUCAAAGACGUUCAGCGGCUGGCGAGAAGGCUCACUGCGAUGUCCCAAUUCCUCGGUGCGUCGGCAACAAAGGCCCUACCCUUCUUCAACCUGAUGAAGAAGGGAAUAGCGUUUGAAUGGACCCCUGCAUGCGAAGAGACAUUCAACCACUUUAAAGAAAUUCUGGCAGCACCCCCUGUGCUCGGGAAGCCCAGAACCGGAGAAUCGCUCUACCUAUACCUAGCCAUAACAGAAGAAGCUCUUGCAGCGGUGCUGGUGCGAGAAGAAGGAAAGACCCAACAACCGAUCUACUUCGUAAGUAGAGCGUUGCAAGGGGCAGAACUUAGGUACAGCAAGCUGGAGAAACUGGCACUAGCGCUCUUGAUCUCCUCCUGCAGACUACGACAAUACUUCCAGGAUCACCAGGUGGUCGUGAGAACGGACCAGGGGAUCUGUCAGGUGCUCCAAAAACCUGAUUUGGUGGGGAGGAUGAUGACCUGGGCCAUCGAACUAUUCCAAUACGAUAUGAGCUACGAGCCCCGACACGCAAUUAAGGCACAAGCAAUGACGGACUUCCUAGUGGAAGUAACCGAAAAUCCAACCGAGGACACGGGCACACGGUGGAAGCUCCAUGUGGAUGGAGCUUCCAACCAGACAUCUGGAGGUGCCGGGAUCAUCCUAGAAAGCCCAGCCGGAGUCAUUUACGAACAAUCGGUUAAGUUCGAGUUUCCCGUAUCAAACAACCAAGCAGAAUACGAAGCCCUUCUGGGGGGCUUGAUCCUAGCUCGGGAGGUCGGGGCCACAAGGUUGGAAGUAUGCAGCGACUCGCAGAUCGUCACCACGCAAGUAAAUAAAAGCUACCAAACCAGAGACUCACUGCUGCAAAAAUACUUGGAAAGGGUCAAAGAGCUGAGCGCACAAUUUGAGGAGGUCACGGUCCAGCACGUCCCAAGGAAAAGGAACACACGAGCAGACCUCCUAUCCAAGCUGGCAAGCACAAAACCUGGUACUGGCAACUGCUCCCUCAUUCAAGGCAUCACGAAAGAACCUGCGGUUGCCUUACACCUGACCAAGACGAGCCCCUCUUGGAUGGACCCCAUCGCCGAUUUCUUGAAAAAUGGCAAACUCCCUGGGAAUGAGAAGGAAGCCAAAGCGUUGAGAAGGGAGGCUGCCAAAUACACGGUGAUAACCCGGUUCGGCAUCUCGGAGGUCGUCAUUUCGGAUAACGGGACGCAGUUCAGUGACAAGAAGUUUGCAGAGUUUCUCACCGGCUUGGGGAUAAAACAGAAGUUCUCCUCGGUUGAACAUCCCCAGACAAAUGGACAAGUGGAGUCCGCAAAUAAGGUCAUCUUAUUAUGUCUCAAGAAGCGUCUAGACAGCAAAAAAGGCGCAUGGGCCGAUGAGCUCGCCUCGGUCCUCUGGUCCUACCGAACAACUGAGCAAAGCUCCACAGGGAAAACCCCCUUUCGCCUAACAUACGGGGUCGAUGCGGUAAUACCCGUGGAGAUCGGUGAGCCGAGCCCGCGGUUACUUCUCGCGGGAGUAGAAGAAGUGGUGGACAAAGACCUGGUAGACGAGGUCAGAGAAAUGGCCCACUUGUCAGAGGUAGCGCUGAAACAAAGAAUAGCCCUACAUUACAACACCAAGGUCCUCAGAAGGGAAUUCGAGGAAAGAGACCUCGUCCUGCGACGCAACGACGUCGGGCUACCAACCCCAGGAGAAGGAAAGUUGGCGCUAAUGACUAAUGUUUACUUGUCUGAAUUCUUCAAUCUACUAAUCCCCAAUACGUAUCCCACACAAUUGCGUUCUUCAACAACAAUCCGGGACUGA